AUCAACCGUCAAACCGUACGGACAGAAGUCGCGCGCGCACACGCGUCCCGUCCGAUCGUUUUUGUUGUUCAACUUUGACCAAUAUUUCCGUUUUAUCUCCUAUAGACGAAGGUAGUUAUCGUUUGACUGAACGAAGGCGCUUAGUAUAGCGCUAAAAAUAGGACGAAAACAAAUUCAGUGUUGUUUGUGUUGGAAUCGCGGGAAGUGAACAAGUGUUUUUCGAAAGAGAAACACCGAAAUUCGAAGUACAGUGCAUUUGAAUCAAUCGCGAGCAAUUGUUCUAUUUAGUAGAAAAUUAAUACAGAAGAAAUCCGCAAAUUGUGAUCGGUUCCCGAUAGUGACAGUGAAUUGGAUUUGAAAAUUUGUGUGUGUGUGAAUCAGUGGAUUAAGGAAAACAAAAUCAAAUAAUAACAACUGAAAUACGAAGCACCAGCCAAGAAAUUAAUUCGAAAUGCGUAGUGUUCGAAGCAGCCUUACCAUUGGACGACUGGCUAUCUAUCCGAGGAAUUCCAACAUACGGACAGGUUUACUCUGUCUGGUAGCGUCACACCAGCACAACAACCAACACUGUGCUUUCUCAGACCACACCCAAUGCUGCAGUCAAGCCGGCAGUGCCAACCACCCGAAAGGACACAAUCACCAGCACCUGCGACGGUUCCACGUUUCGACUGCAUGUGAAACAUCUUCCAAGGAUGGCUCAAACACACCCGGAUCCGGCUCCGGGGGUGGCUCUUCCGCCUCCAGUUCCGGUGGUGGUAAAGAUGGCAACGGCAAGGAACCUCCAAACAAAAAGAACGUUCUCUCCUGCCCAAAGUGUGGUGACCCUUGCACCCACGUGGAAACCUUCGUCAGUUCCACAAGGUUCGUAAAAUGUGAGAAAUGUCAUCACUUCUUCGUUGUGCUUAGUGAAGUGGACUCCAAAAAGACCAUCAAAGACACAGAAACCAAGGGUCAACGGAAACCACCGCCACCGCCGAAAAAGAUUAUGGAAUACCUCGACAGGCACGUCGUUGGUCAGGAGCUGGCCAAGAAGGUACUCUCCGUGGCUGUGUAUAAUCAUUACAAACGAAUCUACCACAAUCUUCCUUCACCGGCGAGCAGCGGAAGUCAAUCGGGAGCGCAGCAAAUUGAUUCGAUGUCCCGCAGUGGAGACUUGCUACACAUCUCCGGCAUUGGUCAUACAAUGAUGAGUUCUGCCCCCUCAGAAGUGCCCCGUCCACCUCUGACUUCAUCAAAUGCCUCGCAAGCACAUCAUCCGGGCUCAGAAUUACUAGACAAGAAAACCCACGAGCUUAAACUGGAAAAAAGCAACAUCCUAAUGUUGGGACCAACUGGUUCGGGAAAAACACUGCUAGCGCAAACGAUAGCCAAGUGUUUGGAUGUCCCAUUUGCCAUCUGUGAUUGUACCACGCUGACGCAAGCCGGCUACGUCGGUGAAGAUAUCGAAAGUGUCAUCGCCAAACUGCUGCAAGAUGCCAAUUACAGUGUGGACCGUGCUCAGACCGGUAUUGUGUUCCUGGAUGAGGUCGACAAGAUCGGUGCCGUUCCCGGAAUCCACCAGCUGAGGGAUGUCGGUGGCGAGGGAGUCCAGCAGGGUAUGCUGAAAAUGCUGGAAGGAACCAUCGUGAAUGUGCCAGAGCGGAAUUCACCGCGGAAGCUGCGGGGUGAAACCGUCCAGGUGGAUACGACCAAUAUUCUGUUUGUGGCGUCCGGUGCGUACACGGGACUGGACCGGUUGAUCGCCAGGCGACUGAAUGAGAAGUAUUUGGGCUUCGGCAUGCCAGCCAGCUCAUCCGCAGGUCGCCGUGCAGCUCAAGCUUCGGCCGCACCCAUGGACAACGAUCAAGUUGAACGUGAUGCCAAUCUGAAGAAAGUACAAGCUAAGGAUUUGGUGGAAUUUGGAAUGAUUCCCGAAUUUGUCGGUCGUUUCCCGGUGCUCGUUCCAUUCCACAGUCUAGAUGUGGACAUGUUGGUGCGCAUUCUGACCGAGCCUCGUAACGCUCUGGUGCCACAGUACAAAGCCCUGCUGGGUAUGGAUCAAGUUGAGCUUACCUUCGAGGAAGAUGCCCUCAAGCAAAUCGCUCAACUAGCCAUGGAAAGACAAACCGGUGCCCGUGGAUUAAGAGCCAUUAUGGAAACGCUACUGCUGGAACCGAUGUUCGAAGUGCCUGGAUCGGACGUGAAAACUGUUCACAUUACGGAAGAUUGUGCGCGAGGUCAAACCGAACCGGUCUACGUCCGUCGGAACCAGUCGAAUUCGGCCAGCAAUGGACCGGAUGCCCCGAAUAGUAACAGCACGUCCCAGGCCUCGGAAGAAGAAGAGAACACCAAGCUUCGCGUCAAACAGUAAGGCGCCCCUCAUGUGAUAGAAUAUGCACGUACAUCUAAGCAUCAUACAGGUAGGAAGCUUCGAUUUCUAUUGUGACAACAUAAUUCUUUUUCCAUGUGCGUGUUCCGGUCGCACUCGAUGCGAUACGAGACAGUCGUGGAAUGGACAUAAAAAUUUGAAAAUAGUGCAAAAAAAUGUAAAUAGGAAGUAACAUAAUCCCGACACUUCCCGGUUCGGGAACAAAGCAAAAACACAGAAAUUUAAGAAACUAGUGGUGUAGAUUGUGAAAUUUUAGUGAUAAAUGAACGCUUGAAAAAGAAAAGCAGAAGCAACAACGACAAACCGUUGUUUAGUGGUGUUCAGGUUCCUUUUCGAGAGAGCGAGACGUUAUUUUGAUGCUCCCCUCUUCCAUCGGUUACACAAAAUGUGAUGGUUCCUUUGGUCUUCUCCGUUCCUUUGUAAUUUCAACUAUUGACCCACAAAACAUCCUAAUCCUAAGCUUCUAAUUCUCCGGUUUUGUCUUUGUUACAUUUUAUAUGUCUCGUGUUAUUGCGAUCUUCCAAAAAAAAAAAAAAAAGAGGAGACACAUCAGGUGAAAUUCUAUUUCGCAACCACUUAGUUAAUAGUGUGUAAUAAACAAGUGAAUUAAUAGACGGUCUUCUAGAUGGAGCCAGAGUGUAUAUAAUUUAAUUCUGCUAGGCGUUAGUAUGUAUGAGUAAAACUGCAUUAACAGCAAAGAGAAUGAGAUGAACUAUAGGCUAGUGGUAGAUAAUUAAUUUCUCUCGUGAAAAGUGAAUAUAUUCGAAUUGUUUCGA